UACACCUAUUGUAAACCCAGCUUUAGGAGUCUAGGAACACAAGAUUGAUUGAUAAGAGGUUAGAUAUUGAACCGCUAAAAUUAUUGUGAAAUUACUACAGAUUGGAAAGCUGAUUUAAAAAGCAAAGAGAAGAAAAGACUAGAGAAAGAGUGUCCAAAUAGUUAAAAUACGCAGACACAGAGAGGAGGCUGAGGAUACUAAAUACCCUUAAAAAAAAAGAUCAGUUGUCAACUUUGACAUCUUACUUCGCGCCCUUACGAGAUAGAGUGAUGCUUAAAAUUAAAGAUUUCUGUCAAAUUUUCGUUUCUUGCAAAACACAUUGAAUGAGUACCUAUAAAUGAGUACCUAUUUAUUUAAAUGAAUGAGUAAUGUAUAUAUACAGUUACAUCAGUUUUAUAAAGGAAUCUAAACUGUAAUUUCCUAUAAUUCUAAAGAUAACAAUUAUUUCAAUAUAUGAUUUAAGAGUCUACAUAAAAUACUGAAUAUUUGAAAAUUUAUUGUAUAACUUAUGUGUAUAACUUUAUAAGAAUAUUGAAAAGAAAUAAAAAUUACAAAUUAUAUACAUGGAUACUACUAAGUAUUACAAAAAUCAAUUUGAUGAUUAUUCCACUUCUGUUGGACACAACAUAGUCAGGAAUGAUACUAAUAUGAUUCAUGAUGAAUUCAAAUCAUUAUUGUCAUCAGAAAUUAAUAAGCUUAUAGAAAUAUUGAUGAAAAAUGAAAGAAAAUGGAUCAACAACGAUGACUAUUCUGUGUACACUGGACAAGCAGGAAUUGCAUAUACAUUAUUCAAUUAUGGAAAAUAUUAUAAUGACUCAGUAUAUAUCAAUAUGGCAACUACUAUUUUACGAAAAUGUACUACAGAAUUUAAAAGCAAGUCUAAAAUCACAUUUCUAACUGGAGCUGUAGGUCCAUUAGCACUGACAGCAGUUCUGUUGCAAUCACAACAAAAGAAAGAAGAAGCAGAACAAUUUAUUCUUAAGCUGAAAUCUUUAUCGGCUCAUGUUUUCGAUAAAUCAAUUCCUGAUGAAUUACUAUAUGGAAGAACUGGAUAUCUAGCUGCUUUACUUUAUAUAAAUGCAAAUAUAGUUCCAGCACCUAUAGAAGCAGAUCUCAUCAAAAAGGUUGUUUCUCAUAUAAUCAAUUCUGGAAUAUCAUAUGCUUCAUCAAAUAAUAGCGAAUCAGCUUUGAUGUAUUCUUGGCAUGAUAAAGAAUAUAUUGGUGCUGCUCAUGGAUUGGCAGGCAUAUUAUAUUUGCUAUUGCAGGCACGGCAAUAUUUAACGCAAAUACAGAUUGACAAUUAUAUAAAACCAUCUUUAGAUUAUCUUAAAAAAUUACGAUAUUCUUCUGGAAAUUUUCUUUCUUCAGUGGAAAGUUCGUCUGACAGAUUAGUACAGUGGUGUCACGGAGCACCCGGAAUGUCUGCACUGUUCUGUUUGGCUUAUAAGGUGUUUGAGGACAGUACGUAUCUAGAGAUUGCGAUACAAUGUGGAGAUAUAAUAUGGGAACGAGGCUUAUUAAAAAAAGGAUAUAGUAUUUGUCAUGGUGUUGCUGGAAACGGUUAUGCUUUUCUACAUUUAUUUCAACAAACAAAGGACAUCAAAUAUCUAUAUCGGGCUUGUAAGUUUGCUGAGUGGUGUUUUAAUUAUGGAUUACGUCAAAAUCGUUCACCUGAUAGACCUUUUUCUUUAUUUGAAGGAUUUCUAUAGUGCAGGCCUGCGGCUGAAUUGAUAGUUAUCUUGGGACCAAGGAUUUACGGCAGAUGUCAAUCGUAUUUGUCGUUAAGCAAAAUUAACAAAUGCGACUGGUCAAUUCCGAUGAAAUAAUCGAUUAAGAUAACCAGAGAUGGUGAAACCGAUCCUUAAUCCUCUAAAUUAAGGCGGAUAUUGGAACAUUGCAUCAAAAUAAAAUAUUUUUAUCGCAAAUUCAUAGUCGAUAAAGUAGAAAAUUUGUAUAUGGUAGAAAAUUCAUGGGGAAUUUUCAGAUAAUAAAUUUAUUUUAUUUAUUA